AUGGAACUUGAGAGGGGUUUUGAAUCUCAACUCAAACUCGAUAUGACAACUGAAAUAAGUGAAGAAUACGUACGAGCUGUGAUUGAAAACAGUCAAUCUAUUUACUCACUUCGAACUCCAGAAGAUAUACAUCUGAUCAUGAAGAUAGUGGAUUCUCUUCUUGUAUCAUCUCCACGUAAAUUGAUGGAUGUUGGUAUCUUUUUGAAUGAGUAUGACUCCGUUUGGAAAGAAUAUAAUCAAGAAUCUAAUCACCUUGAAGGUUGGGAUUAUCAUCAUGCUGAUCACGAAGAACAUAUCCAAUCCGAUGUGGAAAGAUUUCCAAUGAUAGAGGGAUCUUCAUUUGAAUCAGAAACUUAUGAUGAUCUUUAUGAUGCUGAAAGACUUCCGACGAUAGAAGAAUCUCCAUUUGAAUCGGAAACUUAUGAUGAUCUUUAUGAUGUGGAUGAAUGGUGUGAUGUAUGUGAGAAAUGGGUCGAGGAGUGUGAUGGAAAACACGUUCAUACAUUCUGCUCAAAGUGUGAACAGAUUGUGGAAUUUCAUAAGAACGGGGUGCAUAUAAAUGAGUGUAUUUGUGAUUUCGUGUCAGUAAUCGAUUAUUUUAACUCGAGAGAAGAAUUGAGACGGUUUUUUUUGGUAAAUAAUAUUCAAGGUUUGUGUAUAUUUUGUGAAAAUAAUUGCUCAGAGGAAUUGUGUAUGUGUGAGUUUACGUGUGGAUUGAAAUAUGUGAUGGGAUAUGAUAAAUAUGGAAAGAUUAUAUAUGGAACUUGUGGUUGGCAUUCUGAUAAUUUAAAAGAUGUUGAACAUGAUUGUCAAGGUGGAGUUCAUCGUGGAUUCGAUUGUAUUGAUCAUUCAGAAUGA